GCCAAAUAUGGAAAGGCAUACAAAGACGCGGACGACGAGCUCAUACACUAUAAGCGAUAUAACGAACAAAAACAAGCCAUCGAUGCACACAACCAGAGGUACGCCGAGGGACUGGAGUCCUAUGAUAUGGGAGUCAAUCAGUACACAGAUAUGACUGACAAAGAGUUUGCAAAUAUUGUCAACGGGUUUAACCCAAACCCCGGUAAAAACAUGAUGAAUGAGGCCGUCACCACAUUUAAAACUACUGGCGCUCCAGUGCCCGACUCCGUGGACUGGCGUACAAAAGGUGUGGUGACCAAAGUGAAGGAUCAACAGUCUUGCGCAUCGUGUUGGGCCUUCUCGGCUAUAGGUGCCCUAGAGGGACAACACGCUAAAGUGGAGGGAAAGUUGGUGGAGCUAUCCAUCCAGAAUCUGGUCGAUUGUAUGAAAGACGAGGGUAUCACAGGCUGUUCAAGUGGGGGCUGGCCUUACCUCGCGUAUCAAUAUAUUAUUAGAGAAGCACAGGGCGUAGACACAGAGGCCUCGUACCCCACCAUCAAUAAGGACAACCCUAAGUGUAUGUUCACCACCAAAAACAUCGGAGCCAGAGCCCACGCCUUCGGAGUAGUAAUGCCUGGCGAUGAGGUGGCCCUCAAGGAGGCCGUGGCUACCAUCGGACCAUUAUCCAUGUGCGUGAUUACCCCUGGUCAAUUUACUGGAUAUAAGAGUGGUGUGUUUGACGUACCCACGUGUGGCACCCAAUUUGAAUGGGUCAACCACUGUAUGUUAAUUGUGGGCUAUGGUACUGAUGAGCAGUCUGGUAAGGACUACUGGCUGGUCAAAAACUCCAUGGGCACCCAGUGGGGUGAGCAGGGCUAUAUUAAAAUGGCCAGGAAUCAUAAGAAUCAAUGCGGUGUAGCUACCGUGGCAUCGUACCCAGUGGUGAACCCUGUUUAAUUUGUAAUUUAUAUAGAUAUA